AUGCCAAUAUCAACAAACUCUGUCUACAACUCUGUCUUUCUGGAGGACAGAGUAUUCUACAAUGUUAUGGAAGACGGUCUCUGGUAUAAGAAGAUCAUUUGCUUAGUCGGUUUUGAUGACACCCUAGAGGAGUGUAAGGCUCUAUGUAUGCACUUAUUAACUUCAUUAAUUGAUAAGGGAGCAAGUGUAUUAAAGUACCCAAACAAGAAUCUUGAUAGUAAACUUUCUAGUGCAAUCGACUAUUACCUAUGCAACUAUAGUAUGGGAUAUGAUAUUAGACCAAAAACUGCUCUAGACUCAAAAUUUGUCACUCCGAUAUGGUUAUACUCAUGUAGCAGGGAUGAUACAAUCUACAAUACUAACACUCUCCCUAUCUUCAAAGCAAAUCUCACCUUUUAUCCUCUCAAAUUUGCGUACUCUGGAGUUAAAAUAUCGGUUUUUGGAGCAUCAAGAUGCAUAACUAGGGAUAAUACAUUUAGGGCUUCAGAUUCUGUAACAAGAAGCAUAGAUUCCCAAAUUAGAUAUCCAAGUUCUUUUCCCGGAAGCUUUGAAUCAGGAACAAAUUCUGCAUCUGUAAGUUCAAGAAUUUCCACAGAUAACAGAGAUGGAAUGCCUUCCUCAUUCACCAAACCUGCAAAGGUUAUAAAAUACAACUUGGACACAAUUGCAAGAUUUAUAAGGCAUUGUGGGUUCACCUAUAUGGAUUGUACUGCUAUAAGAAAUGGAACUGCGGAUUUGAGUGGAACCGUUUACUUUCUAUUGUGCCGUUCCAUGGAUGAGGAUAUUGACCAAUCUAUCGUAGAGUUAUCAGACAGAAUCCCCUGUAUAAGUAUAGAAUGGCUCUACGAUACUUAUAUUUCUGGAAAAAUGGAAAAUAUAAACAAGUAUCUAGUUAAACUGGACUUUUAUGAUCAUACUAAUAUGUCUGUAAGAAAAAGAAAACUAGAAAGGAAACGUAGCAUCUAUCAUAAUAAGGUCCUCUGCUUCUCAUAUCUCUCAGCCAUAGAAAAUGGGCUUAGUAGUAAUGAUUACAGAGAUAUAGGUGCUCUUAACGUAUAUAUCGUGAAUCCCGUUUAUGUUUUAGCUCCAUGGGCUAUUGAAGAAGUAAGUUGUGACAAGGAGAGACAAAUGUAUAAUAAUAUAUCCCUAAUAGAUGAUAAGCAAUUAAUGUUAUUUCUUUCCAAAGAAGAGUGUAAGAAUAAUGGACUUGGGCUUUUUGCGGAACUUUCUUUAUUGCUGGAUAACGCGCUAGAAAAUGAUAGCAGAUGUAAAAGGCUCAAUAUCAGAAAUAUAAAAGUUUACACUUCUCCAAUAAACAAAACCCCAAGAGAAGAAGAUUUGCUGCAGAUUCCAUCCGAGCUUAUUGAGGGGCAGACUUUGAUAAAUUAUAUUAAGUCUGGAAAACAUAUAAACACGUUUAAUUUGUAUGAUUUAGCGGAUAGUAUAACGUUUGUGGAGGUCGAAAAUCUCUCUCAGUACCAGGAUGAAGCGAUAGAAGAAUCUAAUAGACAGUUGCAUGCGAGGUAA